AUGGAUAAUGCGCCAUUUAGCAGAGGAGUAGCUCUGAUGAAAGGUGCAGAGCGUGUCUCUGCUGAUGGACUAAUGUUCUUUACCGACGUUGACAUGUUAUUCACAUGUGACGCUCUUCAUCGAAUUAGACUAAAUACGAUACUCAACGCGCAGGUUUACUUCCCAAUCGUCUUUUCGGAAUUUUCACCGGAAAGUUGGUCGGAAAACGAUCGCCUGUUAGCUGAUGCAUUUCAUUAUGGUAGAAGACGUGGAUAUUUUAGACACUUUGGUUAUGGUCUUGCUGCUUUAUACAAGGCCGACUUGAUUUCGAUUGGCGGCUUUGACACAAAGAUCGAAGGAUGGGGACUGGAGGAUGUUGAUUUGUUCGAAAAGGCCGUGAAACGAGGUCUACGAAUAAUUCGAUCUCCUGAACCUGGCUUAGUGCACAUCUACCAUCCUAUUCAUUGCCCAGAGACAAUGCCACAAGCUCAACGGAAUAUGUGU